AUGGCAAACUUUCAACUAUACGUCGCCAGCUGUGUGCUGCUGCUGUCCCUGAGCUGGCGCACAUCCGAAGCUCUCCCGGUGCCCGCACCGAGCCCGGGGACCGGCGGUCAGUGCGCCGACUUCUACAAGAUGCUCCUGCUGAACAUCUCAAAAGCUCUGGACAGUACUUAUUUGAGUGAUGGUAUCCAAUCGGAAAAAAUUGAGAUGAGGAAUACUGGGGAGACAGUACUGGCCUGUGCACCCACUCUGACUCAGAACUUAGGUUGCGUGACACAAAGAAAUUCUUCCUUCAGUGAGAGUGAAUGUCUGAAGAACAUAAAGAAGGACCUGCUCUACUAUCACGAAGCGAUUGCAUCUUACCUCACAGGUCCUCUCAAAAAUGGUCCAGAGGAAAUUAGACUUCUGAGCCCAAUCGUGGAAAUCACAAAGAAUCUCACAGAGAACUGCUUUCCACAGCUGGAUGUAGAGAACCUGCCCUCAAAGGAUGCCAAGGUGUGGGGCAAUGAGUCCUACAACAACCGGCUGGAGAUGAAUAAGAUGAUGAAAGGCUUCCACAUCAGAGCCAUCACUAUCAACCGAGCCAUUGGCUACAUCUCCUCGGGAGACCACAGGAAGUAA